ACAGGUAAGCAUAUGCAUGGUGAGUCGAGUUGAUGCAUUCACGCUACUCUUCUUCUGAAAAUAGACAGAGAGACAGAGAGAGAAGAAGAAGAAACAAUGGCAGAGACAGAGAGAGAAACAGAGACUGUUGCCUCUGCUUCUGCAAACAUGAAAACGAACCCAAUUGACCAUCUUCCUCUGCGUCUUCUCAGAUCCGACGUCGUUACACCCGCUCCUACCUUCUCUGAAUCAACCAUCGAUUUUCUCCCUCACUUUUCGGGUUAUUCAUGGAUCGCUUAUGCAGCUUCUUCAAUCCUUGUCAUCACCCACUUCCCUUCCCCUCUCUCUCAUUCCCAAUCUCGCAUCGGCCCCAUUUUCCGUCAAACCUUCCACCUCUCUCCCUCCCCCGUCACCGCCGUCUCUUGGUCCCCUCUCACCCCUUCCUCAGCCGAACUCGCCGCCGCUUCCGAUAACUGCAUCUUCCUUUUCAUUCACGACUCCGCCACCUCCAAAGGUUCUUUUUGUUGGAGCCAGAAUGCAGUGCUUGUGCAACACACGAAAGUGGCAACCAUCACAUGGACUGGAUCGGGGGAUGGAAUCAUUUCUGGUGGAAUGGAGGUGGUUUUCUGGAAAAAGAGUAAUAGGUGUUGGGAAAUUGCUUGGAGAUUUAAACCAGAUCAACCUCAAACACUUGUUUCUGCAACUUGGUCUAUUGGGGGUCCUUCAGCGACUUCAGCACAUGCUAGUAAAGAACACAUUCAAGGGACUUUAGUUAAUGACUUAAGUAAAUAUGUGUUUGUGUGUCAAAGCAGCCGACUAUCUGAAUAUUCGAAAGCUGAGCUCCAUCAUCCUCUACCUGUCACGAUGAUUCAGUGGAGACCAUUGAGAGGAAGGCUGUCAAAUGGAUACGGUAGGCGUUCAGUGAGGCAUCUGUUACUGACAUGCUGCUUGGAUGGAACUGCUAGAUUAUGGAGUGAAAUUGACAAUGGAAAGGCCAGGAGGGCUGGGAAGGACACUGGUGAUCAGAAGAACACUGGAUUCUCCUUUUGUGUUGUUGCUGUUAUUGAGAUUAAUCAGUCCUUAAAUGGAACUCUUGGUUUGGAUAUAUUUGUUACGUGGGGGACAGAAAUGGAGGGAAUAUUUAGAAUUGGCGAAGGAGGCAAACAAAUUUUUUCCAAAGAGGGAUUUGAGCAUGAUGCUAGAAAAUGUGAUUGGUUAGUUGUGUUUGGUCCUGGAUUGUUGCUUAGCUUUUGGGCUGUCCACUGUCUUGAUGAUGUUUCUCCACUGAGAUUUCCCCGAGUUACAUCGUGGAGAAGACAUGAACUCCAGAACCAUGACAUAGAAAAUGUUUAUAAGUUUCACUCAUCUGAUUUUAAAAAUGCCUUACUGCUUCAUAAAGUUGGUAUAUUGAGAAAUUGUUUGUCUGGUCCGCCAAUUAUAUGCUCUCCACUUCAGCUAUUACCUUGUAAUUCCUUAGUUUGGUCAUUUUUCCAUAUUAAAACAAUACAUGAUGCUGAGGAGAACUCCCUUCAUAAUGGUAACACUGAUAACAUCUCCUCCCAUUUGACUGGAGGAGUUUUAAACUUAGAUGGUCACAGUGGGAGAAUUUUAAAGGUUUCUAUUCAUCCUUAUACAAGCAAAGUUCAAUUUGCUGCAUCUCUGGAUUCUAAUGGACUGCUUCUUUUUUGGUCGCUUUCAGACAUUUCAAACUGUAUUGUGGGAUGUCCAACUUUUGUUCCUACUUGGGAACUCUAUGGAAAGCUUGCAACUAAAGACUCAUGCUCCUUGUAUACAAGCUUGACAUGGGCACCUUCAGUGCUUGAUGACAAACUAGUUUUUCUUUUGGGGCAUACGAGGGGGAUUGAUUGCUUCAUAGUCAAUAUUUGUCGAAAUGAAGAAGAAAACAUAGAAUGUCACUACUUAUGCACUAUUCCUUUCAGUGGUCAUGGUCCUUAUGAGGAUGGACCAUCUGAUAUCUUUGCAAUUCCAUUGAACUCUACUUGUAAUAAAACUUUUCAUAAUAAUAAAAUUAUGCUAUUGGCAAUAUGGACAGGGAGAUUUCAGGCAUUAUCAUGGGAAGUUAACUUGCACUCAUUUGACAUGUCAACAAGUUGUUGUGAAUGCAAUUUUGAUGUUAAAAGCCUAGAUGACUGCAGUGUUUGGGCAUUUGAAAGUACAUUUGCUAAUAAAAGAUAUUGCAUCACUGUAAAUCCAUGUUCAUGUGAGUUUCCAAGUUCCAAUGAUCCGGUUACUAGUUUCAUGGUGGUUGAUCCAGGCCCUCUGAGCCAUAGACGACAGGAGUUUGGCUUUGCAAAUGAUCUUUCUAGUAGUUAUCCUGCAUAUAUCAUGGCCACAGGCUACUCUGAUGGCAGCUUGAAACUAUGGAAAAAUAAACCUGGCAAUUCAUUGACUAUGCACUUACCAUGGGAACUUGUGGGUUCAUUUGUUGCACAUGACGGUCCCGUCAAGGGUUUAUCUUUCACUGAUUGUGGUCAAAAGAUUGCUACAUUCUGCAACAAAAGCAAUUUAAAUGAUGUAAAUACCAUCCAUAUAUGGGAUUCUGUAAAUCUAGUCAGUGCUGGCACUUUUAUUUUGGAAGAUAAACUACAGCCUGAAAGUGAUGUUAUUACUCUGAAGUGGUUAACUUUAGGAAAUGGUGAGUUAUUGCUUGGAGUUUGUUUGCAAAAUGAAUUGCAAGUAUAUGCUCGUAAGCGUUAUGAUGGUCUGACUUUGUCAAACACUGUAAAUUUCCAAAAAAUGAGUAUAUGGAUUCGCAUUGCAUAUGCUCACACUUCUAUCCCAAUUUAUGAUUUCUUAUGGGGACCUAGAGCUGCAGCAGUGGUAAUUCAUGGAAAUUACUUUAGUAUAUUUAGUCAUUGGUUGUUCCAUGUGGAUAAAAAAAAGCAAACGAUUAAUGGUUGUCCUUGUGAUUCGGAGCCAAAUGCUUAUAAUUGCAAGGGUGAAGUAUUUGAAGACACACUUUCUGCAGUUUUUACUGAUUGUGAGAUUGUUGCUUUCAAAGAAUUGUCAAUCGAAGGAGGCAAACAUGCACAUUGUGAUUCUGUGCAGUCUAUAAAAAUUAAUAUGAAGAACAAUAACCUGUCCAAUGACUUGUUUCUGGCCAAGGAGCAAUUAAAAUCUGAACUUCUUACCAAGGUUGGUAUAUGGAGCAUCUUAGAAGUAGCUGAGAUAAUUGGUGGAUCAUUGCCUACUUAUCACCCUGGUGUACUACUUACUAAUAUAAGUUCAGGAAACUGGAAACGAGCUUAUGUAGCUGUGAAACAUCUUGUUGAAUGCCUUACUUCUAAUUAUGAUCCUGAAAAGAGACACAUCUUGAAAAGAACUGGUCUUCCGAAUAUUGUAUUGUCGUAUUAUCUAGAAGGCUGUCUAUCGAAAGCUUCCCAGGAUAGGGGAUUCCAGUGGAGUGGGGAUGCUGAUUCAAUCUCAUCAAUUUCACAGGCUCAAAGUAGCUUGUUCCAUUUUCCAUUUCAUUCAGGUUCCAUUGCAGAAAAUAAUAGCAUUCCCACCUCAACAAAAUCUGAGCUUAAUGGUUUUAUUGAAUCUCUUGAGAAUUUGUCUGAUAUGCCACUUUUGAUCGACAUAGAGAAGACAGAGAUUCUUGCAAUCAUUGAUCUGCUAAGUGAAGUUAGUAGUCCACACUCCUCUUCUGCAUACCAAAGUCUUGAUGAACCUGGGAGAAGGUUUUGGGUUGUACUAAGGUUUCAGCAACUUCUUUUUCUUCGAAAGUUUGCUAGAGCUGCAUCUUUUGAAGAUUUGCUUGUUAACUCAAGGUUGUUUGUAUGGGCUUACCACUCUGAUUGCCUAGAAAAUUUAUUUGGUUCUGUCAUACCCAAUGAACCAUCAUGGCAAGAAAUGCGUGCUUUGGGUAUGGGCUUUUGGUAUGCUAAUAUACCUCAAUUACGUGCAAGGAUGGAGAAAUUGGCAAGAGCACAGUAUUUGAAGAACAAAAAUCCUAAGGAUUGUGCUUUGCUGUAUAUUGCACUGAAUAGAAUUCAAGUUUUAGCUGGCCUUUUCAAAAUCAGUAAGGAUGAGAAGGACAAGCCUUUAGUGGGUUUUCUUUCACGCAAUUUUCAGGAUGAGAAAAAUAAAGCUGCUGCUUUAAAAAAUGCUUAUGUCUUACUGGGAAAGCAUCAGCUGGAAUUAGCAAUUGCAUUCUUUUUGCUUGGAGGUGAUCAUUCUUCUGCCAUAAAUAUUUGUGCUAAGAAUCUUGGGGAUGAACAGCUUGCCCUGGUCAUUUGUCGUCUUGUGGAGGGCCAUGGUGGACCAUUGGAGCAUCACCUAAUUACAAAGUACAUACUUCCAUCUGCAAUUGAUAAAGGAGACUACUGGCUUGCAAGCCUUCUGGAGUGGGAAAUGGGAAAUUACUAUCAAUCUUUUUAUAGAAUGCUGGAGUUUUCAGUAAACCCUGUGGUUCAGGAGUCCACAGUCAUGUCCAAUUGUGGUCCUUUUUUGGACCCUACUGUUGGUUUUUAUUGCCAGAUGUUAGCAACAAAGAAUAGUAUGCGGAAUGCUGUAGGCGAGCAAAAUUCUGCAAUCCUUUUAAGGUGGGCAACUUUGAUGACAGUUACUGCCCUAAAAAGAUGCGGUAAUCCUGUUGAGGCAUUGGAGUAUUUCUCAUCGUCACUGAGCAUGCUUGGGACUGCAGAUCAAGAAAGUGAAUUAGGUGACAGACACGAUUUACUGUCCAGUCCUUUAAAGCCCUUGCCAAGAAAAUCCUCUAACUGGCUGUCUUCUGAUGCGUCUGUGUAUCUGGUAUUCCAUAUUAAAUUGAAUUUGGCACUUUGCUACUUGUCAAAAUUGAUAAGAGAGCAUCCAAGUUGGCCUGACACUUGUGCAGAACAUAAUUUAGAAGAUUCUUAUUCUGAUGAGUACAUGGUGCAAUAUGAGAAGUCAAUUGAAAGUUUUAAACAAAAGUUAUACACUGCACUUGCUGUAUUUGAACAGAGGUUUUCAUUGGCUCCACACCGUCUCAUCAAUAUGAUUUUACUCUUGCUUUGCCACCAUGGAUUAUUGUACAUUGGAUAUGAUAUGACAGAUGGACGCACCCAAGGAGAACUGUCUCAAAAGAAUGACAUAUUUGAUGCUUUCAAUUUAUAUUACUCUCGGGUUAAACCCCUCUUUAAGACUGCAGAAGAAAUCUCCUUUUUCUAUUCAAGAUUUUUUUCUGCCUGCAGUAUGGAAUAUUGUCAACGAAGUUCAACUUUUCAUGAGAAAGAUGCAUCUACAGAAAGUAGAUCUGAUGCUUCAAAGUGUAACUUUGAAGGUCUUUUGAUUUCAUUGCGGUAUUUGAGAAACAUUGUGAGGAUCCAAUUGAAUUCUAUUAGCAAAGAUCUAAUUAAAACACUUCUUGAGAUCCUGGAUCUUUAUGAGUAUUAUUUACUUUUUUCAUUAGCUUGGCUUCAAAGAAACUCACAAGCUCUUUUGUUUAUGAUGGAACCUUUCUUAAUUGCACAGUCUAAUGAUUGUAAUCCCUAUGAGGUUCAUAUGGUGACUCUGAAGAUGAGUAUUCCAAAAAUUACACAGUUGUUGGCUCAAAAUUCUUCCAUACCUAGCAUACAAAACUUUCUAGUAUUCAAGAGUGCAGAAGAUAAAGUAGUUGCAGAUAUAAAGCAUUCGCUUCCUGAUGAAGAAAGAUGGAAGAUUUUAGGAACCUGCUUGUGGCAGCAUAUGUCUAGAUUCAUGACACCUAAUUUGAAUGUGAUUCUUGCUAAACUUGAAGAUGCUAAGUUGUUUUGUUCUUUCCACAGAAAUUAUGCAUAUGGGGAGUCUAAUGUCAUAAAUAUGGAUUCUGAUUGCAUUAGCUUGCCGGAGCAGAUUCGAUUAGCAUCAUUUAGCAUAUGUGAUUUACUGUUGACAACAGUUACUCACAUUUCUUCUUAUCAUGUUAAGCAACAUGCAGAAUUUUUAUGGCAGAAAUUGGACAAUAAUUUAAACGUAAUGACUCUUGAAUGGUUAAAACAAAAAUCAGAAUCCAAUCAGAACCAAAGCAUGGACAUAUCCGAAUUGGCAAGCAGGAAAGAUAAAUAUCCAGUUCAUCAGUUAUUAUGGGAUCACUUUGCUGAUCCCAAAUUGAUAUCUGACUGCUUUGCACAGGAAAAACUCAAUUGGCCAAAUGAUUUGGAUCAGUUGCAUACUAAAGGAUGGAAUUACCUGUAUACAAAUAUGACAGCACUACCUAAAACUGAUGAUACAUGUGAUGAUGAAGGUGAACUUAGCACUAGAUCUUCUAAUCAAGAAGUUGGAGCUCCUGUUAAGGAAAUGUCUCUAAGUGGCAAUGCUUCUGUGAGAUCAAACCAGAAUGACAUAACAUGUUCAAAUUUUGCAGCUUUCCAAAGUCCCAAAGAAAUGUACAAGAGAAAUGGAGAACUUCUGGAGGCAUUAUGUAUAAACUCUACUGAUCAACAGGAAGCUGCUGUUGCUAGCAACCGAAAGGGUAUAGUAUUCUUUCAUCUGGAAGAUGAUACUCCUUUUAGUGGUAAAUCAGAUCUUUUCUGGGCCAAGGCUGAUUGGCCUCAGAAUGGAUGGGCAGGUUCAGAAUCUACUCCUGCUCCAACAUGUGUUUCUCCUGGUGUUGGCCUUGGGAGCAAAAAAGGGGCACACCUUGGGUUGGGUGGAGCAACUAUUGGUAUGGGUUCUUCGGCUUGGCCCAGCAAUGACUUGACAGGUGGUGGAGCAUUAGGAAUUCUAGGUUAUGCUGGUAUUGGUGCCUCUGGUGUAGGUUGGGAAAUUCAACAAGAUUUUGUGGAUCCAUCUGCCACUUUGGAGAACACAAGUACCAGGGCUUUGUCAAGUCAUCCAAUGAGGCCUUUCUUCUUGGUCGGUUCUAGCAAUACACACAUUUACUUGUGGGAGUUCAAUAAGGACAGAGCUACUGCUACAUAUGGAGUGCUGCCCGCUGCCAAUGCCCCUCCACCCUAUGCCCUUGCAUCAAUUUCAGCUUUGCAGUUUGACCACUUUGGACACCGGUUUGCCAGUGCUGCAUUAGAUGGAACUGCCUGCACAUGGCAGCUGGAGGUAGGAGGAAGGAGCAAUGUUCGACCAACAGAAUCAUCUCUCUGCUUUAAUGGUCAUGCAUCGGAUGUAACAUACUUUUCUUCAAGUGGAUCAGUAAUAGCUGUCGCUGGUUAUAGCUCUAAUGGUGUUAACGUGGUCAUAUGGGAUACUUUAGCUCCACCUACAACUUCUCGAGCUUCCAUUUUAUGUCAUGAAGGUGGCGCACGCUGUGUGUCUGUAUUUGAUAAUCACGUAGGAAGUGGUUCUGUAUCCCCUCUUAUUGUGACUGGUGGUAAAGGUGGUGAUGUUGGACUUCAUGACUUCCGCUAUAUAGCUACAGGAAAGGCCAAAAGGCACAGGCGUGCUGAUAACAUUGGGCAAAGCUCUGUCACAUCUUUGACUCGUGACAAGGACCAGAAUGUCGAUGGGAUGCUUUGGUAUAUUCCAAAGGCUCACUCAGGGAGUGUCACAAAAGUAGUUACUAUCCCAAAUACCAGCUUGUUUUUGACUGGAAGCACAGAUGGAGAUGUCAAAUUAUGGGAUGCCCAGAGCACUAAGUUAAUACAUCACUGGUCAAAGAUACAUGAAAAGCACACCUUUCUGCAGCCAAGCUCUCGUGGAUUUGGUGGUGUUGUUCGGGCUGCUGUUACGGAUAUACAAGUUGUUCCCCAUGGUUUUUAUACAUGCGGUGGGGAUGGAACUGUGAAGCUGGUACGGCUGGACAAUCAUCUGCACGGCCAUGGAAUCAAUUUAUGAUACUUCCAAGAUCCUUUAUGUUGAUGUCAAACUCUACUAUGCUUCAAAUGCUGCAUGACAGUGGUCAUCAUCAGUGAGAAGUUGCUAUAAUUUUCUGCAUUACUGAGUUCUUUGACAAUUUGCGAAAGAAAUGUGUACAUUGCUGAAGUCACCAUCCAUUUUGUAAAGGGUCAGAUAUCCAAAAAGUCUGCAACUUGGGCCAGACCAUACAUCCUGGAACAUGAACAUCUCAUGCUGGUGAACCUCAUUGCUUCUUUGAACAGAAUGGGUGGGUUCAUUUUGAUUUGAAUCAUUCUUUCUGCAUGGAACAAAACCAUAGUCAGUGGCCGGCAUAUAGUUCUAUGAAGUUAUGAAUAGCUCUCGUGACUGGCAACAAUUUUGAGAAAAAAUUAGGCUUUGUUUUUGGUGUAUAUUACCUGUAUGUUUUGAAUUGUUCAAGCAUGUCAUUCAUGAAUUUAUAUACACGUGAGGAAAUAGGUUCUAUUUUCCUAUUAGAUUCUAUGUUGAGCUUUGCUUUGUGUACAUUUGUAGUCAUGACUUGCAGCUUGUAUAUAUAAAAUAGUCAGUGAUAUUAAGUGGAACACCGAUGAAAGUUUUUGGUAGGCAAAAGCUUUUAUUUUCUCCAAGCGCAACAGUAAUCAACGUUGUCAAUAUUUGUUGGAAGUUAAAUUUUAGUUUUAAUU